CUUACUCAUCUCACGCGGCGCGCGACCAACAGCACCAUGGUCGACCCUUCGCGCUCCGCAGGCCCAUCACACGCCGCAUUCCCCUCAGCGGCAGAGUACGCGCGCUACGCGCCGCCAGCGCAGACGGCACCGCCGCCCGUCCGCGUGCCUUCCUCGGCCGACGCGCUGCACUCGCUCAUCGAGACGACGACCUCGCUGCGGGCUGACGGCGGCCUGAUUCCUGUGCUCGACACGCUCGCCGGACCCUCCCUCACGGAUAAGGCCUCGACGCGCUCGGCUGCACACCAGAACACCCUCACUCUCCAAGGUGUCAACCUCGCGUCGCUGACCGACGACCAGCUGCGUCGGCACACUGUGGGCUACGUAUUUGUCCUUGGCGCGCGCCUCGGAAGCUCAAAGUUCGACGACGCCCUUCCUCUCGCACUGCGGCUUGCGGCCGUCGCCGAACCCGCCCAGCUUGCGGCCAUUCCCACUCGAGCUGCCGAGUUUGCUUGGGCUAUCCUCCAGGCGGCUGAGAGUGCAAAGGAGGUUCCCCGUACACUUGGUCCCCUCCAGAGCCUCCUCGCUGCCUCGUUCCAGGGAUCUUACUUCACCUGUGUCCAUUCCGCCUUCCUCGAGGCUACGCUGUUGACCGGUAGCUAUGACCUCGGCUACCAGUCGAUCGGCAGGGUUUACCUGAGCGCUCACAAGGGCACUCCCUACCUCGACGUCCUCACCUACCACCACCACGCUGGCACUGUCAGUGCUGCUGUUGGAGACUUUGCCAAGGCUGUGGAGCUCUUUGUCUUUGCCGCGUCCAUGCCCACCGACGCCGUUUCUGCGAUCCAGGUUGCGUGUGCAAAGCGCGCGAUCCUCUGUGAACUUCUGGCGACUGGCAACACCCUCCAGCUGCCCAAGUACACCCCUUCGGCAGUCAACCGAGUCCUCGACAAGAGUAUCCCAGACUACCACAAGCUGGCCAAGGCCUUCGAUGCGCGUGACUGGAAGGGCGUUGAGGAGGCCUCGCAGGCACAGGUGUUCCGUCAGGACUGCAACCGCGGACUGGUGGUUCAGAUUCUCGGUUCUGUCACCAAGCGCCGUAUCCUGAGGUUGCGCCGGACGUACUCGCGCUUGACGCUCGCGGACCUUACUGCCAAGGUGGAGUCGGAUUCAGCGACCGUCGCGGCUGCGAUUGAGCGUAUGGUUGCGUCUGGCGAGAUCAAGGCCACGAUCUCGGGUAGCCCACCAGUCGUCACGUUUAUCGAAGACGACGACUACGCCUCGCCUGCCAACAUUGCCAAGCUCAAGCAGACUGCCGAGCUUUCUGCCUUCCUCAAGACAGACCUGGCCCAGGCGAGCCGUGCGCUCACCCUGUCCCCAGAGUACCUCAAGAAGCAAGCGCAGAAGAUUGACGGCAAGGACAAGGGACGUGAGGGCAAGGGAGGAAGACGUCCAGAGCAGUUUGGCAUGUUCGCCGACGACAUUGGUCCUGCACCUACAGUCCGCGGUGUGGGCAGUAACCUCGACGACGUCGGGUUCUAGACGUGCUAGGCAGCGGCCAACGGGGGUAAGCUGCAUCUAGCGCGGCGUGUGCGUGGCCAGUCGGCGCGACACAUGGCGUUGUACUAUACAUUAUGAAGCACUGUGCAUAGAG